AAUGAGUUCAACACAACAGGACCAACAUGGACCGAGAAGUCAGUGCUCUCAGGAGGCUGACAAACCUCACAGAAGGAAGGGAGGAAAAAAAUACACCUGUGAUCAGUGUGGGAAGCGUUUUACUAAUAAGUGUACAUUGAAAAAUCAUCAAGUCAUCCACACUGGAGAGAGACCAUUCAGCUGUGACUUGUGUGGAAAGUCUUUUACUCAGAAGAAUCACCAAAAAAGUCACAAACUCAUCCACAGUGGAGAGAAACCAUACAGAUGUGAUCAGUGUGGCAAAGCUUUUAUUCAUAGUAACAACUUACGGAGGCAUCAAGUUACCCAUUCUGGAAUCAAGCCAUACAGCUGUAAUUAUUGUGGAAAAACUUUCAGCCAGAUAGGGAGCAGAAAUAUACACCUGCGCAUUCACACCAAAGAGGAUGUGUACUGUUGUGAUCAUUGUGGCAAACUGUGUACAACAGACUCACAGUUCAGAAGCCACAUGAUUACCCAUACUGAGGAGAGACCUUAUCAAUGUGACCUGUGUGAUAAGACUUUCAAAUCUCAAUGUACCUUAAAAGUACACCAAAAGAUCCACAGCAGAGAGAGACUCUACAAGUGCAGUUACUGUGAGAAGCAGAGCCACACAGAUGGAUCCAGUUCUCAGCCCUGUCGUCGCUGUGGUGGUGGGAAAGCAUUUCGCUGUGACCUUUGUGGGAAAACUUUCAAUCAGCAACGAAGCCUAAAAAUGCAUCAGCGUAGACACACUGGACACAAUCUGAACUACUGCAAAGUAUGUGGGAGAAGCUUCCCCACAACAAGUGAAUUAAAACAACACAUACUCUUCCACAGUGGGGUUAAAAAGCACCUCUGUGACCAGUGUGGGUUAUCUUUCACCACUACAAGUCACCUUAUGAUGCAUAAACAAGUCCACACAGGAGAGAAACCAUACAAGUGCAGACACUGUGACAAAAGCUUUUCACGUUCCAGUAGUUGUUACCGUCAUGAAAGCACACACAUUAAAGGGAACUACAGCUGUGACCAGUGUGAAAAGAGCUUCAGGAAUCUCAGUUCAUACUCCCGACACAAGCGAUCCCACGCUGCAAAGAAACUGCUUCACUGUUACCAAUGUGCAAAAACAUUCACUUCAUUAUCUGCUCUGUCCAAACAUCAGCAUGAUCAUGCAGGGCUGGAAUCAUUCCCAUCACUGGAUCACAGUGAAGCUGCAGUUACACAAAGAUCCUCUUCUGGUUGCAGGAUCAAAUUUAAAAACCUUGAGAUCCGGCUCCACAGAAUUCCAAUAAAAUCUCCUGUAAAGAGUUUCAGUUAAUGUCACACUUAGAUUAGUUUUGAACUUACAGUGAAUAGUCCUGAAUCUUAAAUUUAGGAUUCUGCAAGAAUAUCCAGACCAUCCUGGCAGUCUUUGUCCUACUAGAGGCCUGGGAGCUUGAGGGCCCUGCGCAGUAGGACCAGUAGCAGUAGCUGUUCCCAGGACUGCGCUCUUCUGGACAGAGAUCUCGCAUGUCAUUCCUGGAUUCUGCUGGAGUCACUGCCCCAAGUGUUCUGGUUUCCACGGGGACCAAUGUUACCUUCACCUAUCUUGUAUCUUUUUGUUUUUUUCACUUUAUUGCAAUGAAUUUUAUUUUGAAUUUAGACUGGGCUGUACUUCUAUGUAAUCAUUAGUUAUUUUAAUCAUUAAUAUUUAUUAAUCUUUGGAUGUAGAA